AGAGGAAUGGCUGAGAGAUAUGUCAAGCAAUCAACAUCACUGAUUCGAAUCACAGAAAAAAGAGAAAAGAAGUAACCCGAAUAUACUAUAUAAGAAAAGAAAUCGCUACACAGCCUACACAAAACAUUCUUUUCCUUCUGCUGACGACUUCUUCUUCUGUUGUGUGUUUGCCUGUGGGUCAAGAAUAACAAUGAACUAAUCUUGGAAUCUCUAAUCUCAUUUGUAGAGCUAGUCCUCCAUAGACGGAAUAUUACAUCCUAUGUUACACAUCUAAAUCUAUAGUGUCUGGUGUACAGUACAUCUAUCGUAUAACAAGCCGCCAAAGUUCUAUUCAUUGCGGGAGUGCAUAAACACAGUCAGGAAGGAUAUCAUGGGGGGGUAGUAGCCUAAAAAGGAACACAGAGCACAUGCGCCUCAAAGAGCAUUCAACCGAGAGCCAACAUUGCGCGCUGAUGACUCUAGACGGCAUCAGGAGCAGCAGCACAGCAGCAGCAGCACACAUGAAAGAUGAGGAACUGUUUGUGUUAAAGACCAGUCGUGUCUGUCCGACUGUUGCGUGCUGACACCACGCCACCAGAUCGUUGGCAACAGAUAUCCCAGCUGAAUCAGUACCGAACACACAGUGCAGCAGCAACAACACACACACACGUUUCUUUUGACUUGUGUCGCUGACUUUCAAAAAGUUUCUUCUUCCAACUUCUUUUCUAUUGGCUCCGGCUACUAGGAGCCCUCGUGACUUGCACGCGAUAUCCAUCAGCAGACGCCCGCGUCCGGGGGAACAAAAAAGGCGGCAGAAGGCACGUCCAUUGAUUGGUUUUUUUUUUCGUCAACUCCGUCACUCACCGGCCCGCCGAGGAUCGGCGGGCGGGCGGAUGAACUGAAAAAGAAAUCAAAAAAGAGGAGAUGGCGAUGGAUGGGGAGAACCGGAUCGUUCUCAACGUGGGCGGAAUCCGCUUCGAGACCUACAAGACGACCCUGAAAAAGAUUCCGGCCACCCGAUUAUCGAGACUGACCGAGGCCCUCGUCAAUUACGAUCCAAUCCUCAACGAAUAUUUCUUCGAUCGCCAUCCGGGCGUCUUCUCGCAGAUCCUCAACUACUACAGGACGGGCAAGCUCCACUAUCCGUCGCACGUGUGCGGGCCACUCUUCGAAGAGGAACUGGAAUUCUGGGGGCUCGACUCCAAUCAAGUCGAGCCCUGUUGCUGGAUGACUUACACCGUCCACAGAGACACCCAGCAAACGUUGGCCAUUUUGGACAAACUGGACAUUGAAACGGAAAAGCCAACCGAAGAGGAAAUAGCCAGAAAAUUUGGUUACGAAGAGGAUUACCUUGCCGGACGCCUUAGUUUAUGGCAGCGAUUCAAACCAGCCACAUGGUCGUUAUUCGACGAGCCCUACUCAUCUCUACCGGCCAAGGGAGUGGCUGUCAUUUCCGUGUUUUUCAUCUGCGUUUCUGUCCUCUCGUUCUGCCUGAAAACUCACCCGAGCAUGAGAGUGCCAUUCCUACGCAACAUCACCGUCAACGGACCGGGAAACGCCUCCUACUUCUUGCUGGACAAAGUUAAAACCGAACCGCACGAGGCUUUCUUCUACGUCGAAUUGGUCUGCAAUAUCUGGUUCACGUUGGAGAUUUCCAUCCGUUUCGUUGUCAGUCCGGACAAAUGCGAUUUUCUGCAGUCGCCCGUCAACGUCAUCGAUCUGGUGGCAACGCUCUCAUUCUACACCGACAUGCUCUUGCAGGAGCUGGCUCACCAUGUGGAUAAUGCGGAUAUUCUCGAGUUCUUCUCCAUCAUCCGCAUCUUGCGACUCUUCAAAUUGACUCGACACUCGCCCGGUCUCAAGAUCCUCAUCCACACGUUUAAAGCGUCGGCUAAAGAAUUGACGCUGCUCGUCUUUUUCCUGAUGCUCGGCAUUGUCAUCUUCGCCAGUCUCGUCUACUACGGCGAAAGGCUCCAGGCCAAUCCGCACAACGAUUUCAAAAGUAUUCCGGAAGGCCUUUGGUGGGCGAUCGUAACCAUGACAACGGUCGGCUACGGAGACAUGGCGCCUAAAACAUAUGCUGGGAUGUUUGUGGGUGCGCUGUGCGCCUUGGCCGGGGUGCUGACCAUCUCUCUGCCCGUGCCCGUCAUCGUCUCCAAUUUCUCCAUGUUCUACAGCCACACGCAGGCCCGGUCGAAAUUGCCAAAGAGGCGGCGGAGGGUUUUGCCGGUGGAGCAGCCGAGAAACAGGAAGCAACGGGUGCCAGAUCGGGCCAGCAAUAAUCAAGGCCAGCAACAACAGUCCAGGGCGGACGGAAUCGGACGUCGGUUCGCCGCUGGAACUACGAAAUUAACUCAGCCGUUCAUCAACCGACUUGGUUAUCUAAACGGAUCAGCGAGUGACAGUCCAGCAGUUGUCGUUGCUCCAACUGGCGGAACAUCUAAAAUCCCUGGACCCCUACUGAGGGUUCACAGCACUGGAGGAGAUUCGAAAACUCUCCACGUGCCGGUGAUUGUGGCCAGCAGUCCACCUCCGGCUCACCAGGACAUUGUGAGUUUCAGAAGUCAAGAUUGCGUCACUUCGGGCAACGGCAAAUCCGGACAAACAUACGCACUAUAAAUAAAAUAAGCAAUGUUUUCUCUCAUUUCAUAAUAUUUACUUGUUUCAUACUAUUUCGACGUGUUUCCUCCCUUCCAUUAUCGAAAUUAUUUCAUUACACACAACC